CGGGACCUACAAUAAUACAAUAAUAGGAUCUGCUCCCUGUCGCCGACGCCAUGAACUCUAUCCACACCCUCUGGCCUAGCUACCAUUCGAGGCGUUCCCCGCAUCCUCGUCCGCCAUGACAGUUCAUAGGCUUUUCGCGCGAGCAUGCAUUCGAUCCACAUCGGCCACCGCGCGGCGGCGCCCGCAGAGCCCGAGGGCACUCGCAACCAAGACCUCUCCUCCGCCCUUCCCGACCACGCCGACCUGCCCCGCGCCGACAUGCGCAUGCGCCCCGCCCCCGGCGCUCCCGGAGGGCUUCGCCAUUGACCGUGAUGCGCCCCUCAACGGCUCGAUAUCCAACUAUGCGCAGCACGUGCUGGUUUGCACAGGCAAGGACGACUGGCCGUCUCGCAUCGAGGAAGACAACGCGGGGGACAACCUGGUGGCUGACUUGCGCGAGCUGGUCGGGCCCAGAGGAAAGUUCAAUGAUCCCUUCCACAACAUCUCGAUCCUCGCCUCGUCCUUCCCCUCCUCGCCGGCCCCGAAGCAGCGGCCCGAGCUGCAGACCAGCUCCGUCUACAUCCUCCCGCAGUUCAAGUACGUGCCCUUCCUGCCGCGCGUCUCGUUCGACAGCGUCGAGGCCCUCGUGCGCGGCUACCUGCAACCCGAGGCGCUGCACCCGAUGCACGACGGCCUGUCGCCUAUCCACCGCGACAGGCUGCUGCGCAAGCCCGCCUACCAGAGCCUGCUGUGGGGGGUGCGUGACGUGCGCGAGGUCGUGGUCCUGAUCUGCGGCCACGGCGGCCGGGACCGGCGCUGCGGCAUCUACGGGCCCCUGUUGAGGGACGAGUUCGAGAAGAGGCUGCCCGAGAAGGGCGUCGAGGUACUGAAGGGGGCCCUGGAUGUCGAAGCCGGGUUAGAGGGGGAGGGACGGGCCACCAUCCAAGGGGAGGCAUCGGGGAGGGAGCGCGCGGCCCGCGUCGGGUUGAUCAGCCACAUCGGCGGUCACAAGUAUGCGGGGAAUGUGAUCGUAUAUCUGCCGCCGACCUUGACGACUGAGGACGGCCGACCGCACCCUCUGGCCGGCCACGGGAUAUGGUACGGCCGAGUUGAGCCGGCGCACGUCGAGGGCAUCGUGACGGAGACCAUCUUGAAGGGGACGGUGAUUGAGGAGCUCUUCCGGGGGGGUAUCCGGCAGGACGGGCAGAUCUUGAGGCUAUAGACGGCAACGCAUACUUGUGCACCAGGAAAAGAGAAAAAAAUAAAACAAGACAACAUGGAAUGGAAAAAGCGAUCAUCAUCUCGGAGAGGGAGUGCCCAGGCUUAACUUAGCUAACUUACAGGGACGGAGUCUUGGCUUGCCAUUGACGGGGCGCGCGGAACAAGAUAUUGCUUAAUUACAUACCCAUUCGCACUGCCAAAUGAUUUCGGAUUCAGCCAACCAAAAAUCUCCGUUGAUUG